CCGUUGCCAGGGCUGCGAGUGGAGAAGCGGCGGCACCUCCAGUUCCGCCGGGCCAGGUCCUGCGAUGGCGUCGGCGGGGCUGAGCGCGCGGGAACAAGCCGGGUGCCGUGAGCUCCUCGAGCUUCUUGAGACGCAGGAGCUGAUGGCGCUGACGGAUACCGUCACUAACCGUCUGGUGCACCCAGAGAGCCGCCAAGAAGCCAUUCAUGCCAUUUUGGUUUACAGCCAAAAUGUAGAAGAACUUUUGAGACGCAGAAAAGUCUACCGAGAAAUAAUUUUUAGGUAUUUAGCAGCACAAGGAAUUUCAGUGCCUCCUUCCUCUGAGAAACAUCUACUCAUUGAUCGUGUAAAGCAGUACUGGAGUGGGCAGUUUGCACCAGGUGUAUCAAACUCAGGAGAGAGAAAACCUUAUGCAGAGAGUCAUGGAGAGACACAAAAGUCUGCACAAGAAGACCUUCAUGACCUAGCAGAAGAAUUCUGUCAAUGGUUCUUUGAACUCCUGAAUUCUCAGCAUCCCUUAGGAGUAAAAUCUGAAGAAGGGUGGGGACCACAGCAUUUCUGGGAGAAUGCCAAAAUGAAGUUAUGUUACAACACAUUAGAAAAAAACAUGGAAGAAUAUGUUGGUGCAGAAAUGGUGAGCCUUCGACUGCUCUCCUUAGUUAAAGAAGAAUACCUUCAGUUCAACCCUAAUUUGCAUGCUAAUGGACUGAAAUGUGCCAUGUCUCCACAUGGGUUGGUACUGGUAGCAGUGGCUGGCACAGUACUUAGAGACAACGCUUGCUUGGGAAUCUUUGAACUAAUUUUUGGACUCAUUAGCUGUCCUAUUAGGAAGAAUACCUGGAAAAUAAAAGUUGUGAAUCUUCAAGUAGUUGGUCAGAAUGCACUGGAGCCUGGGAUGCAAAUUGAAAAACCCUCCAUAAAAUACGGUUCAAAGCAACUGCAAGAGUUUUACGAUGGGAAAGAAUUGACUGUUUCAGGCUCAGAAGUUCUCAGCAAUUUUUUCGUGGCUGAGUGAGGGGGCAACAUACAGCACUUGUAAUGCCUAGCCGAAUAUUGAAAUGGUUGCAGCCAUGUGAUGUUGUCUCUUUUUGGGGAUGUAUAUGGUGGAUGACAAACUGAGAUACAGAGUCUAAAGUAUUAACACAGGUGAUGCUUUUGGGAAGCUUUCCAAGAGCUAAGAAAUAUUUCAGAGUAUUACUUUAGAUUUUGUACUGUAGUUAGGAAUUGAGUUAGUUUGCUUACUGGUUGCAAAACAUGGUUACAUUUAAAUAUGGGUUGGCAGCAGUAUGUGAUGAACUAGAUGACUUGUGGUUCACAAACUGCAGGUUGCUUCUCUUCGGGUCACCAAAGCUGUAACAGGAAGUCACUGCAUCUGGGUUAUUGAAACUGGGAUUGGCAAGUGUCUAAAUGGACAUCUGAGUCACAAGAAAACUGUCUGCCACUUUAGGAGUUUUUGGAGAGAACAGACAAUAUGAAUAGGAAUGCUGCCAUUUAUGUUCUAAAGGUGGUUCUAUCUCUGAAAAAUAGAGGCAGUUUAAUGGGGCAGUGCAGGGAAUUUAGCACCAGUGAAGUCUUUUCCUUUGGAUUAAUAGCUUCCUUUCUUUUUACAUUAUGAUACCAGCUUGGUAAUGAAUACAAACUCUGUUUUUCCAUCUAUAUCUUCAGGCAGACAGAUUUGAGAUGGAUGUAGCACUGUCUUGGAUCAAAUAGAUGAUUUAAUGACUUAAUAACAGCACUGUAUGAACCAAAUGUUUUGAUAAAUAUUUUGUAUAUACUUAAUAGACUUUUAAACAUAAUAGUUGUAAAUUUUUGUAUGUUUUCUCAAAUUAAGAAUUUUAUUUACUCUGAGCUGCUUUAUUACAUUGACUAGAAGUUGAUUUGAUAACACUGGGUGUUACAACAGGUGAUAUUAAAUAAUCCAAAUGCUAGUUAAUAACUGAAAUUAUUGCCAUCGUAGAACAAGUUUUGAAAACUGAAACGUUUUUUGUAACAUGAGAACAAUUCUUUUGGGUUUGAUAUGUUUAUCAAAGAUGAAAAAUGGUAAAAUUAUAGGUUGGUGAGAAGAAACAAGAAGAUUUAAGUAUACACAGAACUGAUUUUUAUGAAGAGUCUGAAUCUCUAGCUCUCUUUAAAAAUUUCUGAAAUACUUUCUUUUCAUAGCAAAAGUUCGAGUACUCUGUUGGAAUGGUCUUUCCUAAUAAACAGAUGAGUUGUGUCUUCUUCA